CUAUUCUGCUCUGGUCUGCUCCAAUAGGGGGAGGUUUCCGAGGCGAAACUCUUAAAGCCCUGCUGGGCUCCACUCUGCUCCUGUUCCCAGAAGUUGUUACUUCUCUGCUCCACUUCAUUUUUGCAGCAAAAGAAGGUCUCACCCAAGUCUCACUCAAGAGAUUUAUUGGGAGAGAAAAAUCCAGGAGGUUGUCUGCCUCUGCCAGAGUUGAAAAGAGCAUCUACCAGCUGAACAGGUGUGUGCUAUAACAUGUUAUAUUUCCAAGAGCGAAGCCCAUUCCCAACAGAUCGGGUUGGAGUUGGUAGACACAUGAAUCCAUAUGUGAUUGUCAAUGAUGAAGGUUUGGUGCCUGAAGAAUAUGUGUCCUUAAUCCCUGAAGAGAUGAUCCCUGUGGCUUUGGAAGCAGAAAUGGAAGAAUCUUUGGAAGGGGAGGAGGUCAUUUGGUCUCAUGUACCAAAUGAAGAGGAGGAGAAUCAGACUGAGACCCAGGUGGAAAACUGUGACUGUACUCACAAUGUAGAAGAGGAUGAUGAUGAUGAUGAUGAUGAUGAUGAAGCUAAUUAUAAGCAUACUGAAAAUUUUACAGGCAGUGUAAACGACCAUACAUAUGAAUGUACCCAUGAUGAGACCAAAGAAGCUGCAUUUAGAGGGAAAGAUGAGAAUGAAAAUGAAAACCAGGAGGUGGAAGAUGAUAUUAAUCCAAACUGAACUGAAAACAAAUCCUAGAAUCCAGGCUAUGAUGGAGAGAUACUGUGGAAAAACGUUGUUAAAACAGUACAUUUGUAUUGGAUUGACUGCUUUCUUAGAUUUGCAAAGUAGCUGGUGCAUGUUAAUGUUCUACAAGCGCUAAUUAUCCCUUAUUACUUCCUACAACUUGAAGGCAUAAAGAUAAAAUACAGGAAGUCUGAAACACAUGAGGAUUUUAUCAACACUGAUUGUGGUUCAAAGUUCAUCACCCUUUUUAGUCAACUUUACUGUUGUCUGAUUGUUUUCCUGUAUUAUUUUUCUAUAACACACAAUGUUUUUUCAGUUCAAAAUAAAAGAUUUGAAAAGC